UUGGCAAAAUAAAUUAUUAAAAUUAUGAUUUACAUGUGAGGAAAACAAACCAAAUGCACUAAUGUGUCACGAAUAGAAUAUAAUGGAAAAACAGCCAGAUGUGUUAUCUGAUACUGGCACUAUUUACAAUAUUGUGUCCACAUCUGAAGUUAUUACAGAUAACAGUCAGCCAAAAUUAGACAAUCUUGCGAAAAAAGCUCUUCAACUAAGAUGUUAUCUCGAAAAGGAUUUCAAAGCCUGUGACAUAAAAUGGAGUUUGUUCGUCGCAGCGGCAUUUAGCUUCAGAUACGAAAGCUGCCUAAAACCGUUUCCUCCAGCUUUCUUAAAAAAUGGGGUGAAGGACAUGGACGAAUUGUUGAGCGUUGUUAGUGAUGUCCCAGCAUUGGAUCUCGUUCUUGAACAACUGGUAAACCUAGAUGACUUGAGCAAAGUCAGUGAUAUUAUACACCUACUGUUUUAUGUUCUUGUGCGGCUAAAGGAGCCCGUACUUAAAACCUUGCAACAAGAUACAUAUGAACACAUUUUAAAUUGUGUUGACUCUGUUGAGCCUGUACCAAGACCUCAGUACAUUUUCCAAGUGUCGAGUACUUCCAAAUCGAACGCCGAGCAGAAAUGGAAGGAGAUGUCGAAGAACCACAACGUUUUCUUCGCAUACCAUGGAAGUCACUUGGAAAACUUUUAUUCGAUGCUCAGUUUUAGUGUGCAGCAACAUUUAAAUAAGCAAAGUACAAUGGUCGGAAACGGCUUGUACCUAACCAGUGAGCUGAGCGCAAGCCUGCCGUACAGCCGCGGUGGGUUCGGCUGGGGUGCCAGCUGCAUCGGCGGACACAUCUCUUGCGUGGCGCUCUGCGAAGUCAUCGACGCACCUGAAGGCAUCAACUAUCAAAAGCCGACAAGCUCCAAUGAAGGUUAUUCCGGAGACACAGCUGGAGCUGGAUUCGAAAGGCACGCUGUGAAUCCCAGAGCUGCCGCUCACUACAUCGUUACGAACAGCGACCUGAUACGUUUGCGCUACAUACUGGUCUAUGCAAAGCAACCGACUUUCAUGAGGUUUCCAACCACAAGCGGUAACAGGAACAAUGAGCGCGGUCUAUGCCAGUGGGUUUCAAGACAUAAACUGUUUUCGAUACUUCUGGGAUACGGAUUAAUGCUGGCGACCAUUGGAUUUGCGAAUAACCAACCAGUGCACCACUAUUACGAAUCAUUAUUGAGUAAAUUUGAUUUUUAAAAAGCUUGAUUUCCAAAAUGAUCAUAACAUGAAGUAUGGUAUAGUUUUUGUUCGAUACUUAUGUUCUAAAUUGACCGUAAGUAGUGUUGUAGUUUUGUAAGGUAACUUACAAAAUUGGAAUAAAGAAUUUUUUAUAGCCUAUCAUUUUAUAAUUUUGGUUAUGU